AUGGAAACCAGAUCGAGUUCUUCAUCAGCUACAACUGAGAAUAUGGAUGUUUUGUCCCAAUUUUUCCGCCGUUCAAUUGGAUUACAGAGUAUAUUACAGAGCAACUUACCAAAAUUCCGAGGGAUGCCACAUCAUGCGGAUGAUAUGUCCUUGUCAGAAUGGCUUGAAGAAUUUAACGGAGUAACUGCUAACCAAAAUAUGGAAAUGAGUAGCAAAGCUCGACUGUUGCUAGAUCACCUUUCGGGACCAGCACGAGAGGAAAUAAUGUGUCUCAGUGAAUCAAAGAGACAGGAUUUUGAUGAAAUAGUAAGUCGUCUGAAAUUGUGCUUUGGCUAUCAGGAAACCACGCAGACCCUCAGUAGUCAGUUUCAUAAUCGCAUACAGAGAGAUGGAGAAUCACUUUGUGACUUCAGCCGUGCCCUGAUUCGCACCUACAACAAGAUGGAAAAAGCUGCCACUACACAAGCUCAAGGAGAAGCUUUAAGUCAGUUGAAAAACAAGACCUUAAGUGAUCAAUUUGUCAAUGGUGCACGGGAGGCUUGGGUGAGGAGAGAGUUGAGGCGAAUACAGAUGAUGCAUGAAACGGAUGGAUUCGCCAAGAUUCGUGAGGAAGCCCUCAAACUCUUCCAGGAGACUGCCACCAGUCAGAGGCCCAGAGUCAGAGAAGCAGAUAUUGAAGUUGGAAGGGCAGUCAUGAAAGAUUCUAUGCUUGUGCAACAGGUAGUAGAGCAACAGAAAGCUAUAAUGACAGAGUUGGAGCAACUUAGGGGAGAAGUCGCCAGGCUGAAAGGAGGAAAACCUCAGAGAAAGAGGACUGAUGGACGAUGCUUCAGCUGUGGCCAUAAGGGACAUCUACGACGUGACUGCCCCAACAUACCUAGCGGUUCCCCUGCACAUGAAUAUAAUUACUCUGCUGGAAACUGGCAUCAGGAGAAUCAAAGCUUCCCCACUUGGAGCACGGAAUCAGGUACCAUGCAGAAUCAUGGCAGUUUCAAUAGACCAACAGUCUUCCAGUCCUCAUCACAAGGAGCUGCCAGUAUCCCUCGCCAACAUAUCGCAUCCCAGGAGGAAAACUAG